AUGCAGUACUUGAAAACACAUGUUCAAGGUGAUGCUGCAAGAGUCAUUCAACAUCUCGAUGUGAACAACGAAAAUUACGAGGCAGCAAGGCACAUGUUGCGAGAACGAUAUGACAACAAGCGAGCCAUGGCAUGGAAUUACUUGCACAAGUUCCACAACUUGCCAAUGGCAAAGGAAGAUUCUGAUUCCUGUACCAAACGAGUAAUGGACACCACCGCAGAGUUCAUCGCUAAUAUGAACAGUAUCGACCUCAACACUAAACAUUGCGACUUAUUGGUCAUUCUCGAAACAACUCAGAAAUUGGACCAACAAUCUCGACGAUUAUGGGAAGCAUCACUGGGUGCUAACGCAGAGUUAUCCACCUUGAAAUCGUUUUUGGAGUUCCUGACGAGUUGGUUCAGGACACUCGAGGCGUUGAAAAUUCCUCGGAAAACUUCUAAGGUUGACUCACUGACGACUACAACGACAAAGGCAUGCAGCAUUUUCACCAAGGUCCACUACGUGAAUCAGUGCGACAAGUUCAGAGAGAUGGACGAGCAACAACGGAAAAAUAAAGCAAGGAAACAAAACUUGUGCUUUAACUGCUUGAGGAAGGAACAUGGCGUCAACCAAUGCCCCUCGAGUGGCAGUUGCCGGACAUGUUCGAAGAAGCACAAUUCGUUUCUACAUAACGGUGAAAUAACAAGCUUUUAA